CAUUAGAGGAGCCAUAAUUUGGGGAUGGUUGCAUCAGGUGUGACAGCUGAAUUUAGUUUUCCACGUUUGUGGGAAAAAUUGUAGGCCUACUCCCCAAAGCUUCGUAUACUGCCAUAACGUUCUUUUCAAUGUUAUGAACAUUUUGAAAGAGACAACUUUAAAAAGUUGCUGGUCUUGUAAAAUGUUUGUUUUCUUUGUGAGUACAAUGCUUGUAUGGUACGGAAGUGGGCACGCAGAACAGAACAAGUCACACAUCCUUCUCACAAACAGAACGUUAAAUCAAACAGAUGACGCAGACAUCACGUUCAACAAGACCCACGGUUCCGAUGCCAACCACACGGACAAACUUGGACCACAUGUUGUGAAAGAUAUCGUAACGGUUAUCGUUCAAGACGGAGAGAACAAAACGCACGCCUAUUUCCAUCUCAAAGAUGUAACCUUAAACAAAACGGAGCACAACGGAACAGUCAGCAACGGUUCUGAUGUAAUCAACAGCGUAGAAGCGAAUGACAUCGCUGGCCAGCGGGUCUUCCUCCCGGAGAAGCAGAUCGAGGAGAGGAUCGUCGGGGGUCAGGAGGCUUGGGCUCACUCCUGGCCCUGGCAGGUGUCUUUGCGCUACGGUACCGUUUCAGCGUGUGGUGGCGCAAUACUUUCCCCCUACUGGGUCGUCACUGCCGCGCAUUGCUUCCUACGAUAUAACAAAGUUUCCAUGUGGGCUGUGUUGGCUGGAAAACAUGAUCUUGAUAAUGCGAAUGAAGAGUGCCAACAGGGGAUGAAGGUUUCCAGUAUAAUCUCCCACAAAGAGUAUGACACGCGGACAAAAGAGAAUGACAUCGCCCUUGUCAAGGUCAAGACCCAGUUCACCUGGACCAGUUGUGUGAGGCCCAUAAGCAUCUUGAUGGGUCAAAUGAAACCCUUGAAGAAAUGCACUGUCACAGGCUGGGGAUCCACAAUGGAAAACGGCAGCGGAGCUUCUAGACUCCAGGAGGUGAAUGUUACCUACCUGCCCUCAGAUAUGUGUAACCUGUUCUACUGGGGCAACAUCCAGCCAUCCAUGUUCUGUGCGGGAGAUGUGGAGGGAGGAGUGGAUGCUUGUCAGGGGGACUCUGGGGGUCCCCUGUCCUGCCUGACUGAAGGCCGGUACGAGCUGGCGGGGGUGGUGAGCUGGGGGGUGGGCUGUGGUAGGGCCAAAAGACCGGGGGUCUACACCAAGCUACAAGACUACAUGGACUGGAUCGACGCGACCAUAAUGAACAAUAAAUCGAUGGACUUAGGUUCUGACCAACUUGAAGAGAGUUGUGGAGAGGCUGACACGCUCCCGUGCCUGCCGAGGUCCGCCCUGGCCGUGGUGACCGUGUCCCGGGAGGGUGAGGUGCAGGUGGGCAACGUGACCGAGGCAUGCCCCCACUCCUGGCCCUGGCAGGUCAGCCUGCAGCUUGGCGGCAUGCACUACUGCAGUGGGACCCUCAUCCACCCGCUCUGGGUGCUGGCUCCUCAACACUGCCACCCCAGGGCUGACUUUGACUCUGUGGUGCUUGGAGCCCAUGACCUGACCUUCCUGGAUCCCCAGACCAUCUCCAUGGACAAGGUGUUCAACACCCCCCGCGGUGGCGGUUUCCCCCCUACCACUGACCUCAGCCUGAUCCGUCUCAGCAAACCAGCUCCCAUAGGGGCCACGAUGGCCCUGGCCUGCCUGCCUGCUAACGAUGUGGAGCUGGACGACAGCUGGUCCUGCGUCACCACGGGCUGGGGAACUAGCUCGGCGAAAGUGGACGUGAGCAGUGAUGCCCUGCACCAGGCCAGUCUGCGGCUGGUUAACAACACUGCCUGCAGCCAGAGCUGGGGGAGGAACCUGAUCAAGUUUUCCCACCUCUGCACAGACCCCGCCGCCUCCUUCAGCUGCAUGGUGACGGGGAGAUGCUGGUGCUCCGUUGCUCUGCCAGAAGCACGGACUGUACUUCCUGUUUGGUCUCAUCUCCUGGGGUAGCAGACAAUGUGAUCAAAAACCUGCCGUCUUCUCCAAAAUAUCUGUCUAUAAUUCCUGGAUAAAUGGCAUUAUUGAGAUUUGAAUUGACUUACAGAUUUACGUAUUAAAUAAUAAACAACAAAUUGGUUGAGUCCCUUUCGAACAAUGCCACGGUUCCAAUGCAAUGCUAAUUGUACACUAUUACAAUGUGGUAUGUGAGGCAUGCACAUGUUGAUUCUCAGGAGUUGGUUUCC